GAGACGCCUUUUGUCAUGAAGAGAGUGGACAAGGGGUUCGACGAUGAUCAUCAUCUGGAGUAUGAGGGAUUUCUGAUUGAUGUUCUUCUGGAAAUAGUCAAGUUGUUGGACUUCACAUUCAUCAUUUCCCCGGUUCCAGACGGCAAGUUUGGCAGUCUUAAAGGAAAGCAAUGGACGGGUAUGAUCAGGCAGCUUGUCCAUAAGGAAGCGGAUAUCGCCCUAGCUCCAUUCCAGAUGACCACAGACAGAGCAGAAGUGGUGGACUUCACAAAACCAUUUAUGACCAAAGGGACAACGGUAGUGGUCAGACGACCCGAGCCUAAAAUAUGGAUGUUUCAGUUCCUAUCACCGUUUUCUAACACUGUUUGGUGCGCGAUUUUCGUGGCUUUCAUCAGUGCCAGCUUGACGUUGUUCACCGUGAGCCGGGUCAACUCAGACCGACAUGCCAGGUCCACCCAGAACUUGAGAGAGAGCUUCUGGUACAUGUGGGGCACCCUUCUCAGGGGAAGCCUGUGCGGCAG